AUGUCUCCUUAUGAAGCGUUAUACAGAAGGCCAUGCAAAACACCUAUGUGUUGGACGGAAGUGGGCGAAAGGAGAAUGUUUGGGUCACCUAUCGUUCAGGAGACCAUGAUUAAGCUAGAGAUGAUUCAGACUAACAUGAAGAAGGCUCAGGACCGUCAAAAGAAGCACGCGGACCAGUCAAGAAGAGAGAAAGGGAAGGACAGAUUUGGCAAGGUCGGGAAACUUGCGGUCAGAUUCAUUGGUCCAUACAAUAUCAUCGGAAAAGUUGGUGAGGUUGCUUACCGAUUGGAUCUACCUGAGGAUAUGCAUCUACAUCCUGUAUUCCAAGUUUCCAUGCUUAGGAAACAUAUACAGAAUCCAAGUGCUGUUGAACCCGAGAGACUAGAGGAGUUGGGGACGAACCUUACGUAUCCGGAAGGACCAAUCAGAUUAGGAGAACGACGUAUUCGGAAGCUGAAGAAUCGUGAGAUUGCUCAAGUGCAAGUAUUCUGGGGAAGACAAAACAGGAUUCAUGUUACUUGGGAGGAUGAAGCGAGAUUUAAGGCCGAUCACCCAGAGUUUUUCCGAGAGGACGUUGUGAUGGAAGAAGGAAGCCCCUCAGAACCUUAG